UAAUGAACAAUCCGACACGCAGGAGAAUGGCCACGAUUUUCUUCGCCGAGCCUGAACUGGUGAUCGGCCUCGGCCGCAGGGUGCUUUUUGUGAACCCCGACGACCUGCAGAUCUUUAAGGAGAUCGAGCUGCCCCCAGACCUGGCCGCUUGCGGCCUUAAGGCCCCCGAGCCCGGUUCCUGCCCGGCCACUGAACCCGGCCCCGGCCAGGAGCAACAGCCUGCUGCCGCUGCAGCUGACGACGAUGCUGCUGCUGGUAGUGGAGCUGCCAAGCAGCAGGAAGCAACAGCCUCGGGAUCAGGAUCGGCGUCCGAGGUGGCGGUGCAGAAUGUGAGCUACUCGCCGGACGGACAGCUGCUGGCCGUGACCACGUCCGGCGCGCAGAAGGCCCUGUUGCUCUACCGCGCCCGCCCGGAGCACGCCCGCCUGCUGUCCGCUCGGCCGCUGGCCCGCGCCGCUAGCGCAUUGCGCUUCUGCUGCGACAGCAGCUCCGUGUUGGUCACGGACAAGACGGGCGACUGCUACCAGUACGACUGCGUGGAGGUGGACGCUGCUCCGCGUCUUCUGCUCGGCCACCUCAGCGUGGUGUACGACAUUCUUUGGUCCGAGGACCAGCAGCACAUCAUUACCUGCGACCGGGACGACAAGAUACGCGUUACCAACUAUCCCGCCACCUUCGACAUACACAGCUAUUGCCUCGGCCACCGUGAGUUCGUGUCGGGACUGGCGCUGCUCACCGAUCGGCACAUCGCUUCUGCUUCCGGCGACAAGACGCUGCGCAUAUGGAAUUUCAUCGAGGGCAAGGAGCUGCUGGUGCACGAGCUGCCGGCGCCGGCGGUGCGUAUGCAGGUGCGUGUACUGGAGUCUGACAAGGUCUUUCAGGCGGCAGUGCUAUUAUACGACCACGUGGACGCUCUGGCCGUGUACCGUCUGGAGCGUAGCGGCCGAGAGAGCUGGACCAUCAAGGGCACGCAGAUGGUGCGCGCGGAGGCGGGUGCCUGGAGUAUUUGCAACUUUACUUUAACCGCCAACCGGAUAUAUGUGACGGGUGCGGAGAACGAGCGCCUGGCGCUGCGUGUUUACGACAGCGGCACUGGCCAACAGUCCAACGGCGUGCCCGAGGGCUGGCUGAAUAUGGUGCUGGAUGGACUGCACGCCCUGCCAGACGCCGAUGGCAACUGCGUGCGCUUCCAACCAGAGGACCUCUCCGUUUGGUUCAAGAAACGAUUCGACAAUGUCAGCGACUAUCUGGAGCGCAAGAAGCGGCGCAUCGAGGAGCAGCAGCAGAAGAGCAACUAAGCCCAAAUGAAGUAACCAAACCCGUAUCUUUACAUAGCAUUUAAUAUUAGCAUAUGAAGAAAAGCAACGGACUAUGUAUGACAGGCCUGUUUCGUGGACAUAAUAUAUAAUCUGUAUAUGUGUGUAAA